UUCUUUUAUUUGGUCAUUGGAGGCUUUUCUUUGAAUAAUCGAUUUUGACCAUGCAAUCUGUUAUUACGUUUGUGGCCUAACACUACUCCACUGUACCCAAACCAGAUCCGUUGUCGCUAUCACCGCUCAUGUUGCGCAAAAAGUCAUCAUUUUCUAGUCGUACUUCCUCUCCAACACCCUCACCUAUCCCUGCGCGUCCCAACACACCUGUUCACUCCCUUCUUCAUCACGAGUCUAGCGGGGUCCGACGUGCUCUGUCUAGUCUCCAGAACGCGUUACAUCCCGCUCGGAGAUUGUCCUCUGAUGAAAAGAGAAUAUUUGCCCUUUCGGACCAACAAAGCCAUCUCAGCGCAAAUAACUACCGCUCUAUCAACACCAAUCCUACCAAACUCUAUACCUCCAUUAUUAACAAUCGUCGCAUCCCCCUGAGUCAUUCCAACGGUACUUCUGACUCCCUCUACACUGCCAACUCGACCAUGACCCCACUCACCACAGACGACGAUAGCUCUUCCACUACUAGUCACCCUCUUCGUCUCCAGCGACCACGCCGAUCAAGUAGAUCUGGCUCUCUUCCAUCAUCACCGCUUGGCUCUUUCCUGUCGAACGGGAGUUCAGUCGCACUCUCUACCCACAGUACACACAUUACCGAGACAGCGAGCGAGUGUCAUGAGAUUGAGGAUGAGGAUGACGCUUCUGACAAUCUUCACGACAGUCCAAAUGGCGCUGCUCUGCGGGUCCGACAUCUCGAGCAUGAAGCCUCAUAUUCGGGCUACUUGGCUAAAUUCUCAUCUAGGACCUUCUUCUCGCGCAAGCAAUGGAAACGUCGCUACUUUAUUUUGAACCAGUCCUCCCUGCACUGCUUCAAGUCCUCGGACCCACAACAUCCACUAUUAGAGUCUCUAAAGCUCUGUGCUGAUACCAUUAUUUGUGUCACUGAUAUGUUUUCAGGCAAGCGAUAUUGUCUUCAAAUCACAUCGCCUGGUGAAAAGAACUGGUACGUGCUUGCAGAUACAGCUGCAGAUAUGUCGAGCUGGCUUCGUGAGCUUAAAGGCACGGUGCUUCGAAUCAGGGGUCUUCCUGUCAACUCUAGGCCAGGCACUCAUUACUCGGACUCGUCCGAAAUGUCAGACCUUUCCUCAUCUUCUGCAGCCAUGACAGACAGCAUUCCAGCUAUUCCUCAUAUUCCAAGUCAACAUGAUGGUUAUGUCCUUAUUGGUAGAACGCCGUCACCAGCACCAUCUUCUCGUUCUUCCCAUCUCUCUCAUCCCCCACAGCGGCUCGACUUGUAUCAGUUUGCAAACAUGACAGAUUUUACCCAGUUAGGAACACCCAAGUUAUUGGAAUCAUCAUCAAAUUCAGAACAAGAGAUUAAAUGGAAAAAGGACAGUUCUUCAUCUUCGGUACAUAUUCCCGGAGAAUACGCUAGCUUUGGGACCGUUAUGGAGCAAGCGGAUGCCCUCCCACUUGAGAGGAAUGAGCAUUUACCCACACCGAUAUCUCAACAAAAGAGAUUGAGUGAAAGUCCAUACGCCGCAACGAUAAAAUCCAAGAUACCCUAUAGCACAAGCGAUAGCAAUAGCAAUAACAAUAACGAUAGCAAUAGAAAUAGCACUAACAGCAGUAAUGGACGUCGUAUCUCGAUCGUCACUGACCAACCUGAGAUAAUGAUGAAACUGCCUCGUCGAAGUUCACAGCGAUUGAGCCCUGUAUCACCGCGGCCAAUGAGUCCCAACCGUAACAGCCCGCGCUCUUCAUUGGUGGUAUCUCCUCCUCCACGAAGUAUCCAUCGACCCAGUAUUUCUGUUAGACAAUCUGCACAAAUCAUCCCAUUACAGAUGACGGGACGCUCGCUGUCACCGACUCCAGGUCAAUCUGCUAAUAUUCUACAUAGUUCUCUUGCAAGAUCGACUAGUUUCCGGGGCAGUAUGCUGACUGGAUCGUUACAGGAGCGCUCGUAUAGAUCACCUUCUAGACCAACCAUUAUUACUGACUACCAUUCGCGGCCCACGUCCCCAACACCGAUAGCGUUCUCCUCGGCCCCAACUUCACCGCUGCCAGAGCCACCGCGCUCUGAAUCUCCUGUGAUGGCAUUGAAGCAUUCUCUAUCUCUUAGCUCGAAUGGAUCAUCACAGCGAAUCGCGAUAGUGCCUCGCCAUCAUGAUCCCGAGCGGUUGAUUAAGCAUCGGCCAUCCAAGUCCCGCAAUCGUUCAAGGUCACAGGAGUUAGCUCUAAGCGUCCGUCUGAAUGAUGUACAGAUCAGUAUGGCCAAAAACAGGGCGAGCACUCCCUCCCCUCGACUUAGUGCUAUUGUCACCACGAAUGAUCUGAAUGACGAUGCAUUGCCGACCCCUCCAAUUUCACCAUCGGGCAUAAAGAUGAAUGGCGAUACUGUCUUUAAGCAUUUUCCGCUUCUUCACAAUGGUGGUUUGGUCCUACCACCGCCUCCAACUGGACAACAGCCAGACCUUCCAACGUCAACAGCGACUUCCAAUGAUGGUAGCAUCAAUCAAAGUGGACCUUCGAGUCACAAACACUCCCUUUCAACUUCAUCACUGCGAUCUGUGAGCUCUUCAUCCUCAAUUGGAUCCUUCUCGACAGUGUCGCAUGGAGGGUUGAACAAGAAAAAUUCCACUAGAGAAUCUAUGAGACUUUCAGCUCGUCUUUCAAGUUUGGUUCCCAUUCCGUUGGAAUCCACAGUGUUUGUGCCUAAUCCACCUCAAACAGCUCUGCCACCCAUCCCCAACCAAUCCACCUCUCCAACUUCGCUUGCUGAAGUAAAGGAUCAGAACAUUAAGAAACAAUUGUCAGUUGAGACAGAGCGCAUGGAAGAGCUCUUUAAGGACACUGAAGCGGAGGCCAAAAUCACGAACGCGAAUGAGUCUCAUGACCUUACUACUGCUGAUACAAAAGAAGGAGGGGACAAGUCAGCAGAGGUUUCCACGCCAGAAUCCAAAGAUGGUGAUAGGGAGUUGAAGGCAGCUGAGACCGCGGUGGAUGUUCCGAUUAAAGAGCAUGUGGCGACUUGUAUCCAGAGUCGACCUCUUGGGAAACAGACAAGCACGUUUGAAAUGAUCUUGGAGGAGGAAGAGGGAGCAGAUCACGAGUCAGUUACGUCGAAGGACAUUAGUUCGCAAAGGGCGAACCCUCAAGUCAGCGGCGGCAUCAUUCAAGCAAGCACUGAUGAGGAAGUUGACGCUACCAAUACUUAACCACUAACUGCUUCUGCUCCUGUUUCUUCAUCCUCCACCAUUCGUUUUCAAUACCCUAUUUCAUUACUAAUCUUUACCUACUU